AAAGGCCCCGAUCGGCAUAGUUUCUCUCGACUUCUCGAAGAGUGCACAUCGUCAGUGGAUUCGCAGAACAAUGGCCCGUACCAAGCAGACUGCCCGUAAAUCAACCGGAGGAAAGGCUCCUCGCAAGCAGCUGGCUACCAAGGCUGCUCGCAAGAGUGCUCCAGCAACUGGUGGAGUCAAGAAGCCCCAUCGUUACCGCCCAGGAACAGUGGCUCUCCGUGAGAUCCGUCGGUACCAAAAGAGCACAGAAUUGCUCAUCCGUAAGCUGCCAUUCCAGCGUCUAGUGCGUGAGAUUGCUCAGGAUUUCAAGACCGAUCUGAGGUUCCAGAGCUCCGCCGUGAUGGCUCUCCAGGAGUCCAGUGAGGCUUACCUCGUGGGCUUGUUUGAGGACACCAAUCUGUGCGCCAUCCAUGCCAAGCGCGUCACGAUCAUGCCCAAGGACAUUCAGCUGGCUCGUCGUAUUCGUGGAGAACGUGCUUAAACAGCUUAAAAUUCUUUUACUCAAAAAACGGCCCUUUUUAGGGCCACAA